AACCCAAAAAUUCUAUCAACUUAUUACUACUGCUAUAUCUUACUACCAAAUAUCAUUGACUUCAAAGAUUUUUAUUCUCAUGGCCCGUGGGUUUUCGUCUUUCAACCGGAAGAAGAUAGACUCGAUCUUUUGACUCUUGAACGUGCAACCACACAGAGUCGCACCAUGCCGGACAAGAAGUUGCCGUCGGUCCCCGAGACCAUCUUGAAGCGCCGCAAGCGUCAAGCCGAGGCUCGUGCGCAACGCGCCAAGACCGUGGUGGCCAGUCAGCGCGCUCGUCGUGUCAAGCGAGCUGAGAUCUUUCAACGGGCCGAGAAGUACGUCAAGGCCUAUCGCAAGCAAGAGCAGGACGAGAUCCGCCUCAAGCGCGACGCUAAGAAGAACGACGGAUACUAUGUGCCCGCCGAGCCCAAGUUGGCCUUUGUGAUGCGCAUUCGUGGUAUCAACCAGGUCGCGCCCAAGGUCCGUAAGGUCCUACAAUUGUUCCGUCUCCGACAGAUCAACAAUGGCGUGUUUAUCAAACUCAACAAGGCCACCAUCAACAUGUUGAGAAUCUGCGAGCCCUACAUCACCUGGGGUACGCCUAACCUGAAGUCUGUUCGCGAGUUGAUCUACAAGCGUGGAUUCGUUAAGAUUGACGGCAAGCGCGUGCCCAUCACUUCCAAUGACCUCAUCGAGAAUACGUUGGGCAAGCGAGGUAUCAUCUGCGUGGAGGAUCUGAUCCAUGAGAUCAUCACCGUGGGCGACAACUUCAAGUAUGCCAGCAACUUCCUGUGGCCGUUCAAGCUGAACACGCCCACCGGUGGAUGGCGCAAGAAGACCAACCAUUUUGUGGAAGGUGGCGAUUUUGGUUGUCGAGAGGACAAGAUCAACAACCUGCUCAGGACCAUGGUUUAGAUUGUCGGAUUGUUCCGCCAUGCCCCGAGCCCUUUGAAAGAUAUGUCGUCAUCCUCUGUGGUUACAGAAAUACAUAACCCUACAGAA